AGAUUACCAACGACCUGUAACGGGAAAUUUCUGGACCGAGCGCUCCAUACACCGAGUCGAUUUGCUGUCAAAGAUGAGUGGCAGUAUCGCUAAUUUCAAAAACUGCGGCUCGGUGCUGGUGACCGGAGCCAGCCGGGGGCUCGGGCUGGAGAUAGUCCACUGUCUGGCGAGUGGAGCCUUCUCACCGGGCAAGAUCAUCGCCACGGCCCGAGACGCUGCCAAGGCGGAGAAACUUCAGGAACUGGCAAAGCAGCAUCCAAACAUCCACAUUGUCACUCUGGAUGUAUUGAGCCAGGAGAGCAUAGAGAAAUGUGCAGAAGACGUGGCCCAGCUGGUGCAAGAAGAGGGUCUGAACUGCCUGAUCAACAAUGCAGGGAUCAACGUGGUGGCCGACUUUCAUUCUGUUACUGCAGAGAAGAUGAUAGAAAACUUCCACACCAAUUCUGUGGCUCCUCUGAUGAUCACCAAGGCCUUUCUGCCUCUGCUGAAGCGAGCGGCGUCCAGAGGAGCAGCAGCUGGCUCAAAGACGAUGGGCAUCCAGAGGGCAGCUGUCAUCAACAUGAGCUCUCUGCUGGGCUCUGUGGAGCUCAACUGGGGCGAGGGGGCCAACAACUUUAAAUGGUAUCCCUACAGGACUUCCAAGAGUGCUCUCAACAUGAUCAGUCGCUGUAUGGCCGUAGACCUGCAGCCUGAUGGGAUUCUCUGUAUGGUCAUCCACCCCGGCUGGGUCCGCACCGACAUGGGGGGGAAGGAGGCUCCACUGAGUACUGAAGAAAGCAUUUCUGCCGUCUUGUCUGUGAUCGGUGGGCUGACUGAAAAGGAUCACGGGUCAUUUCUGAACUUUACAGGGGAGCAGUUGCCAUGGUGACCCUGAUCAUCACAGUGCUGAGUAGGAACAUUAUGAGAACUAUUCACUGAUCCUAACUGUUACUAUGCAAACCUGAACAUAUCAGUAGCUUCGCCUGCCCAGUGUUACUUGAGUUCUUUCUGCUACAUGAUAUCUUGUAUAUUAUACCUAAAUAGAGCUCAGUCAGCUGAUAAAGUUGCACAUAAUUUAAUAUUAAGAGAUGAGUAUUCGUAUGUAAAUUGAAGGUGGUGCGACAAACCAUCGCUACAGUGUGCUGUAGCUGAGUCGUGUUCACAUGUAAACAAAACAUAAUUCCUUGAUAUGAUAUGAUAGGAGAAUAUCAUGGACUGUAUAUAAACAUGGACGGUGUAUAACGGAAGGAUUUUUAUAGAUAAAGAAAGAAUUGCGAGUGUUCUAGCUUGCUAGCUAUAAAAUGGUUGUGUGCUUGGCUUGCUGGCUUUAACAUUAGCAUUAAAGGUCUCAUGUGGUGGAAAUCCA